AUGUUCUUUUUUUCUUCGCCAUUCAAAUUAUCUAUCUAUGUCCUUCUCUUAUUUUCCCGCUCAUAUUAUUGUUCUUCUUCUUCGUUCCCACGAUCAAUCUAUUCUGUGUUUUACUUCGUCUUAUUAUUUUUUCAUUAUUUACACUAUCAUUUUCUUUUUAUUCUUCGCCAUUCAAAUUAUCAAUCUAUGUUCUUCUCUUAUUUUCCCACUCAUAUCAUUGUUCUAUUUCCUCUUCUUCGUUCCUACGAUCAAUCUAUGUUUUUUUUCUUCUUCUUCGUCAUUCACAUUAUUAGUCUGUGUUUUACUUCGUCUUAUUAUUUUUUCAUUAUUUACACUAUCAUUUUCUUUUUUUUAUUCUUCGCCAUUCAAAUUAUCAAUCUAUGUUCUUCUCUUAUUUUCCCACUCAUAUCAUUGUUCUAUUUCCUCUUCUUCGUUCCUACGAUCAAUCUAUGUUUUUUUUCUUCUUCUUCGUCAUUCACAUUAUUAGUCUGUGUUUUACUUCGUCUUAUUAUUUUUUCAUUAUUUACACUAUCAUUUUCUUUUUAUUCUUCGCCAUUCAAAUUAUCAAUCUAUGUUCUUCUCUUAUUUUCCCGCUCAUAUCAUUGUUCUAUUUCCUCUUCUUCUUCGUUCCUACGAUCAAUCUAUGUUUUUUUUUCUUCUUCCUCGUCAUUCACAUUAUUAGUCUGUGUUUUACUUCGUCUUAUUAUUUUUUCAUUAUUUACACUAUCAUUUUCUUUUUAUUCUUCGUCAUUCACAUUGUCUUUCUAUUUUCUUCUUCUUCGUCAAUCACAUAAUUCUAUGUUCUUCUUCGUCAUAUUCACUAUCUUUCUGUUUUCUCACUUCUUCAUCUUUUUUCUUCUUCUUCUCCUUCUUCUUCAUCUUUUUUCUUCUUCUUCGUCAUAUUCACUAUCAUUCUGUCUUCUUCGUCGUCAUAUUCACUAUCAUUCUGUCUUCUUCGUCGUCAUAUUUAUUAUCGUUCUAUUUUCUCCCUUUUUCUUUUUCUUCACAAAAAUAUUUAAUAUCGUUUCCUCCUGUGUGACCCUCAUCAUCCUUCUGUACUUCCUAUCAUUUCUGUCCCAUCCGCGUUAUCAUUUUCUCAUUUCCUUCCUUUUGUUCACCAUUCUCCCCAUCAUUCUUUUCACUCUUUCUAUUUAUAUCUUUAUUCAUUACUUCCACCCUCAUCAUUUCUCACUACUUUUUUGCUCUCUCACAACAGCCUCACUUAUUAUAUUACAAUGA